AUGCCGAAGGAUAAGGAGCACCAUCCCUUCGCGACGAAUGGACGGCCAAUGCCUCGUCCCCUGCGGCGCAUUCAGCGCAUCACUGCGACGCCGACUUUCAAGCUCGUCGCCCUGAUAAUAUUCUUGCUUCUUGGUAUAAGAUGGUUGUUAGAUCACAAUCAUGACAGACACGACUGGCCUGGUCCGGUGCGGCCCACCAUGAGCGUAGAGAGCCUCUGGAUCCAGUGGGACGACAAGCAGUAUAUCCAGAUCGUGGCAGACGAGGAGAAGCUGUGUAGUGCGGUCCUGACAUGGCAUGACAUUGAGGAGAUAGGAAGUAGGGCGAGGAGAACUCUAGUCUACCCCUCCACCUGGAGUCCUGACGAAGUCGAAACUGACCCCGCGCUCAACAACACCUUGACACGAAAAGCACACCUCUUGCGCGAAGCUCGCGAUAAAUACUUUGCGCGUCUACAUCCCAUUGACGCUCUGAAAGAGAAUGUUGCUGACCGGGGAAGAUGGGCAGACCAAUAUAUCAAACUGAUAGCAUUCAAUCUUACGGAGUUCUCGCGGGUCCUAGUCCUCGACUCUGCCUCUCAAGCAAGAGGAAACCUCGAUUCAGUAUUCCUGCUCCCGAAAGCGAAGUUAGCAAUGCCAUGGGUAUAUUGGGGCGAGCCGACAGGCUGGGCAUUCUCCAACCAGAUGAUGCUCAUUACUCCUUCCGCGAACGAAUUCGCAAGAAUACAGGCCGAGAUCGAGAAGGCAGAUCCCGAUCAAUACGACCUCACGAUCGUCGAGAAACUGUAUAAAAGCAAAACCUUGAAGAUCCCACAACGACCAUACCACUUAAUGACUGGCGAGUUCCGGAGACAAGACCACUCGAAGUAUCGAGGCUCGAGCAAGAAAUGGGAUCCAGAAGCGGAGCUACAUAAUUCCAAGAUGAUACAUUUUUCAGACUGGCCGAUUCCUCGACCGUGGGAUAGCGCUCCCCAGUCAAUGUUGAAUAAACACAUGCCGAAAUGUUUGAAGAGCGAGUGGUUUGGAGCGACGAAUUGUAAAGAUAGGAUGAUUUGGAUGCAGCUGUAUGCUGAUUAUGCUGCGAAGAGGAAGGGCUUCUGUGGAAGUCAUUUCGAGGUUAAAGUACGCGACCAGGAAGCUGAUGCUAUGUUGAGACAUGGGAGGUUCUUCCAUGAUGAAACUACGUGA